GCUGUCUCAUGCACACGCACAGUACACAGAAGCGCACGUUGCAUUGCGCUGUCGUACACAUUGUUUUUGUAUUAACUGUGCAAACUGAUCAUUACAAGCGCUUUGAUCAUUAUGAGGGUAAACUGUCUGCAUGUUAUACGCUGAUGGUCAUCGCUGGAUUUUUAAAGCGCAACCCGCACAUUAAGGCAGACCAUAGAUAACUGCAGCUAUGUAAAUGUCUCGCGGCGCUGGAGCGGAAUUGAGAAACACAAGGACCUAAUUUAUCACAAAUAAUGACGAUACAGCGGACGUACAGAUUAUAACGCUACAAAAGGCAAGACUGAAAAAAGCAAAGAGGAUGAGGAUACCAUCAUCAGGCUCUCUUUGCUCAGCCCCAGAUGCCUCCGCUCCCUCUUGACGAGCGCAUAGUGGUUAUUCAGCGCCCCAAAAGUUUGGCCUUGCGUGUGGCCUCUCCUCCAACCACAUCACAGUCUUCCUCACACCGCCCAGGCACUCACAACGAGCCCCCACCCCGCUUACCACAACCCCAACCCCCACCACCCCGUUCCUAUCCAGGUUCCAACUACCUGUCUCUGGAAUGCAAGCGCAGGCAGCCGUCCCAUGUUCAGAGAGAUAAAGGGGAACGAGGUGCUCUCUUCGAGGAGAGUGACCACAAUGCUAGUCAUUGUCACAGCAAUGGGACUGUGACUUUAGGUCCCAGACCUCACAAGCACACACAUACCAUUGACAUUAAAGUGUCUUUGGACAAAGGUGGAAGAGGGGGAUCUUACAUAGAAAAAGGUCGCAGCAGCAGUCUUACCCGAAGUGAAAGCAUCAAGGGGAGCAGAACUAAAAGGGUGUCCCUGCACUUGGACUCUGGGCAAGGUGAAAGAAAAUGCAAAGGAAAGUCUUCCGAGUUAGUGGAGAAGCAUCAGAACUAUCAUCAAAGUCAAAACAGGACUCCGCACAGUAGCCAUCUUACAAACCAACUUACAGUAUCUCCUGGAGGAAUAUUGGAGUUUGUACCAGCUCAAAGACAGCAGUCAAAAUCCAAACCAACAAGAGAGAGAGACUUGUCAUCAAAGACUUGCUCUGCAACUGCCAGUUACCCAUUGCACAGUGAGAGGGACGCAUCAUCUGUUGGAAACAAAGAAAACUCCAAACUGGGACCCGGCCACCAGCUGCCCCACGCCCACAGCCUAUCCCGUCACCACAGUUCAGCCCCGUUACCUCAUGCUGCCAUCCUAAACCCUCAGUACCCUGCUGUCCCACCCCCACUCCCUUCCAGAGCCCCUUCCUCCUACCAGCACAUCAGUCAGCCCCGUUCGUCACGAAUUAGAGAACAUCGGCCACAAAUUCUUCACGCCUUGCCUCUCUCACCUACAUCUUCCCGGGGAGGCUUCCCCAGUCCUGACCAUACAUGUACGAUUGACUUUUCCCACCCCUGUGGCUGUUGGAGGUUGGUGCGUUGUAGAAGAGGUAGAGGUCACACGGCUGGCUGCCACAGUCAUAAUACAAGCCCAUCCUCUUCAUUUUCCCACGCCCAAGGAACAAGUGCUACCAACGGAGGUGGCGGAACCAUGGGCCUGAAGACUUUAGGAGGGUGUCUAUCUACUGCUUCCACCACCAACACCUCCUCUUCCAAUAGCACUGUCUCAGAUUGUCGUACAGGACUGCUUAGACCAUUAGGUUGUGCAUCCUGUUCUGGGGAGGCUGGAGGUUUUGAGAGUCCUGCUGCUUUCCGUAAGAAACUUGUUGGGGGUUGUUUACCCUGUGCCCCCUUGUCCUCAUCUGCACCUCUUCGAGCACUCCAGAGUUGCGUCAGUGGGUGCAAUCCCAAAGCAAGUCAAACUGGCAGCUCCACAUGUAGCUACUGCAGUAGUGACCCCAUUGUAGUUACCUUUAACCCACACAGAGGGAAUCCUCCUAACAUGGGCCAUAAUGUUGGCGCACAUACCAUGGGCGGAUACCAGCCCGAUGAUGACGAUUACAGUGUACGCACAAUUUGGCCAGAGGAACUAGCAAAGAAGAUGACUCGUUCGAAAACCCAACCUAUCCACCACAAUUCAGGCUCAGGGAGGACCUGCAUGGGCCACAACCAGAAUAGUGGCAAUGGUGGCAAUCCUGUAAUCCUUGACUGUCGGAAUCUUAUGGAGUUCACUCGUUCCCAGUUGACAGAUCAAGCAGGAAGAAGAAGGCUCCAGCAAGGCAAGAUGGCAGUUUUAGACUUUAUUGGAUCAGGGAGUAGUGGGGACCAGGGCAGAGAUUCCCUCAAGAGGCUAUGGAACAAAGGAGCAGAUGCUUGCAUGGGGGAUGGCAACGGUUUUGAUGAUGAAGUGCUUCCACAAUCCCCAUCCCUGCGCUCUCCUUCUCCAGAUUCACCUCCAUCCUUCUCGCCCCCACCCUCUGCUCCUACCACACUUAUCAAGCCUAAGCCCAAACAGAGAGAGCGGGAAGGAGGACACACCUUACCCUCCACACAGUCGCUCCACUUGGUCCUGAACUCACUCAACCGGGAACAAGAUGAGGAAAAUGGAAGAGUGCACCUUUCGCUCCCUCUUUCCUCCUCACUCCCAGCAUCACUGUCUGACGAGAGUGUGAUGACUCCUGAUGUGGAGAAUGCUGUGAUUAGUCCCAUCCUCCCUUUCCUUUUCCUGGGCAACGAGCGAGAUGCACAGGAUCUAGAUCUACUUCUUCAUCUUAAUAUUGGUUUUGUGGUCAAUGUCACCACCCAUCUUCCCCUCUACCAUCUGGACACAGGCUUGGUGCGUUACAAAAGGCUCCCCGCUACUGACAACAGCAAGCAGAACCUGCGACAGUAUUUCGAAGAGGUUUUUGAGUUUAUAGAGGAAGCUCACCAGUGUGGACGGGGUGUUCUUGUUCACUGCCAAGCAGGUGUGUCCCGCUCAGCGACUAUUGUCAUUGCUUACCUGAUGAAGCACACACUCAUGACCAUGACUGAUGCCUAUAAGUAUGUGCGGGGUCGCAGACCAAUAGUGUCCCCCAACCUCAACUUCAUGGGCCAGCUGCUAGAGUUCGAGAGGGACCUCAACUCUGGGGUAACACCUCGAAUCCUCACCCCCAAACUGAGUGGCCUGGAAACACAAGUUUAAAAGGGUGGAGCAUGGAAGAAAAAAUUAAAUAAGAGAAAUACGAGAAGAAAAAAAUGGAGUAGAUUGAGAGUGAGAUUAAAUAUUAAAGCAGUUUGAGACUGAAGACAUAGAGAGAGAUGGUAGAAAUAACAAAACAGUCUGAAAGAAAUAACGGAACUUAGUCAAUUUUAAUUGAAUUAUCUCCACUCUUAAGUCUUUUGGUUUCAUAUAAAUAGCACUUACAGACAGUUGGCAACCAACUCUUCUAAUCUGCUAAUGAUAUGCCAAGUUUUAUUCCACAAUAAUAUCCUGAUUCGCUUCAAUUAUUAUUACUAUUAUUAUUACUUGGCUAAACACAAAAGUUGUCAAAAGUAUUUGGAGAAAAACAACUACAAUCAAAGAACUCUCUGGCUGUCAAGCGCAGAAGAAGAUCCAAUGUUUUGAGACUCUCAGAACUGUGACAUGCAUCGCAUUCGAGACCCAAAAGCUGUAGCAAACUUCAAACUCCUCUUCCACUGUGCAAAGAACUUUUCUAGACAGAGUAUAUUUUGAUUUCGGUGAUCAGUUCAAAGUGCUUUUUUUGGGUUACCUUCGCAUUAGCUGCCAACUAUUUAUAAAAUUCUCCAAUGACAUGAAAUUCAUUUUGCCUUUGAAUUUUUUUUUUGAUACAGCUAUUUUUGUUACUUGAUUUUACAUCUUGCAUCUUUUAUCUUUGGUGUCUUUGUGUGGGAUGUGUGCAAUAGAGACUGAUGAUGAUGUUGAUGUAGAAGUGGAAGUGAUUUCAUUUAUAUUUGCUCAGACUAAGAUUUACUUAUGGACAUUUUUUCAUGGGGCAUGAACCAGCCAUUUUAAUUACAAAUGAAAUCCAAAACUCUUUUUUGUUUGUAUUUUUUGCUUGUAUGAAAUUGGACAGAGGGCAGUUUGUACUAAGUACUGUGCUAUGAAAAACAUUUUAAGAGCAGAAGGUGACAACAGAUUACAAUUUGUGUUUAUUAUUCUUUUUUAUUCAACUGUGAUUUUGCUUUGUGCAAGCAGUGCAAUGGCUAACAUUUACAC